UGUCUUUAGAAAAAACUGAGAAAAAGAAGAUAUAAAAGCGAAAACUUUUGAUACAAAAAGACACUUGAAUUUAUCCAUCAACUGAACCGUCGUACAAACAAAGAUGCGUUUCUCAAUUGUUCUUGCUAUUUGCUUCUUAGGUGUUGCUUCUGCAUCUACCUUGGUCAAACGAAACUUCUUCGAUGACUUACAAAACAAGUCUCAAGAUGCUUUGGAAAACUUGAAAAACUUUGGACAAGACUUCAACCAAAAGGUUCAAGAUGCUCUCAAGAACUUAUUAGGAAACCACAACUCAACUGAACACACCAUUGCCAAACGAGCUCCAAACCCACUCCAACUCAUCAACGAUAUCAAGGAUCCCGCUGCAUUCGUUCAAGAUAUUAUCAGAGAUUUUAUCAAAGUAGUUACUGAAACAGCUCUCCAAGGUCGACGAAAGCGAGAUCUCGCUGAAGACCUCAAGAAAUUGGCUGAUGCUGGUAAAGAAAAGACCCAAGAAGCCCUUAAGCAACUCAUGGAUCUUUUGAGCUCAUUCAACCACGGAACCCAACAAGACACCACUAAAGCCGCUAUCACUAAGCGAGCCCCCAACCCACUCCAACUGAUCGCCGAUAUCAAGGACCCCGUUGCAUUCGCUCAAGAUCUUAUCAAAAUUCUUGCUGAAAUGGCUCUCAAAGGUCGACGAAAGCGAGAUCUUGCUGAAGACCUCAAGAAAUUAGCUGAUGCUGGUAAAGAAAAGGCCCAAGAAGCCCUUAAGCAACUCAUGGAUCUUUUGAACUCAUUCAACCACGGACAAGCCACCACUGAAGCCGCUAUUACCAAGCGAGCCCUCAACCCACUCCAACUCAUCAACGAUAUCAAGGAUCCCGCUGCAUUCGCUCAAGAUCUCAUCAGAGAUUUUAUCAAAGUUCUUGAAACCGCUAUAAAAGGUUGAUGAAAGCGAGACCUUAAUCCAAGCCUCAAGAAUAAGUAAUCUAUGUAUAAGAUUAUUUGUUAGCUGAAUAAAUACUUUUAAACUAAA